UAGGGAGUCUGCAGGCGUUUGGGACUCCGCCACGCAGCGCUGUGUUGGAAUGCGUCGAGACUCGUACUUCCCUGAACAAGUUUAGCUGAAAAGUUAGUUUUGAGAGAGUCUAAAACUUCGAAGAAGCUUCUCGAAAAUAUCGACAGACGUCGAACGAAAGUGCAGGGAAAUGCUUUCUGCUUUAGAAGAAGAAUGCUUCUGAGAUCUUUGAUGCAUUAAGGACUGUUUAAAUCCUGGCAAGAUGAAAACAGUUUGCGAUAUUAAAGAGCAUUGGUCCCCCUUAUGCUGCCAAAACAGCUCUGACCCGUCAAGGCAGUUGACUCCACAAGACCUCUGAAGGUGUGCUGUGGUAUCAGGCACGAAGACAGCAAAUCCUUUAAGUCCUUGUGGCAGGGCGGAUUAUCCUGCUGAAAGAGUCCAACGCAUUAGGGAAUUCUUUUGCCAUGAAGGGGUGUACUUAGUCUGCAGCAAUGUUUAGCUGAUCGAGCAUGGCCUCUCAGACAGCAUUUAAUCUCUGCACGGACGUCUUUGUGACCUCUAGAAGUGCUUCACUGCCCGAAGAACCUGAAGUAAGUGCAAUUUCUGGUACAGAGCUUCCUGCGCCUCAGCUUGUGAUGCUGGCCAACGUGGCCCUAAACACAGAGUCGCCGCCAGAGGAGGAGAAGCAGAUGGCAGAACUGAAAAACGUCGGAUGCUGUGGCUACUCGGACAGCGAGGACGAGAACGUGGUCCACUACAGCUACGAUGAGACAGCAGAAAAUGUGGACGAAGGGACCGGGAUGGGAGAAAACAGAGUAGAAAAAGUCAUCGAAACUGCUGAGACGGUGCCAACCGACCUUUCAAAGAAAUCUCCUGAAACCGAACCUUCUGCAAAACCUAAACAAGGUUCUAUUGCUGUGCCAAAUGUGGCAACAGAACCUGCAAAGAAAAAGAAAAAGCCAUUCUACUGCAAGCCGUGCCACUUUCAAGCUGAGUGUGAAGAGGAAUUCGUACAGCACAUCCGUGUCCACAGCGCUAAAAAACUGAUUGCUGAAAAGGCAGGGAGUGUAAAUUCGGAUGACGAAUCGAAUCAGGCACAGCAAAAAUCUGCAGAAAACUGUGUCAAGGGCGUGAUCCGCUGUGAGCGCUGCGGCUACAACACCAACCGUUACGACCACUAUGUAGCACAUCUGAGGCACCACAAGAACGAAGGGGACGAGCAGCGAGUGUUCAGGUGCACCAUCUGCCCAUACUCCACCGUCAGCCAGUAUCACUGGAAGAAGCACCUGAGGAACCAUUUUCCCAGCAAGCUGUUCACAUGCGGCCAGUGCAGCUACUUCUCUGACAGGAAGAACAACUACAUCCAGCACAUUCGCACACACACCGGUGAGCGUCCUUUCCAGUGUGUUUACUGUGACUACUCAAGCUCUCAGAAGACCCAUCUCACGCGGCACAUGAGAACACACUCUGGUGAGCGACCGUUCAAGUGCGACAGCUGCAGCUAUUUGGCAGCCAAUCAACACGAGGUGACACGUCAUGCCAGGCAGGUGCAUAACGGACCCAAGCCGCUCAGCUGUCCUUACUGCCAGUACAAAACAGCCGAUCGCAGCAACUUCAAAAAGCAUGUGGAGCUGCAUGUCAAUCCAAGGCAGUUUCUUUGCCCCGUCUGCAAGUAUGCUGCAUCCAAGAAAUGCAACCUGCAGUACCACAUCAAGUCCAGGCACCCGGGAUGCUCAGAUAUCUCCAUGGACGUGUCCAAGGUCAGGCUGAGGGUGAAGAAGGCAGACGGGGAUGAUUUGAAGCCAGUUUCAGAACCAAGGACAAGGGAUAGACGAAAAGCAGAGGUGUCCGAGGAUGCCGAUUCAAUCGUAGGCCCCAUCAACCUCUCCAUUAAAAAGAGUGGAAAGACGAAUUUGGAUGGUGAGAGUGCCAAAAAACCCGCUUCCGAACCCACAAAAGAAAAAUCGUGUGAGAAGAGAGCAGAGAAAAGAGCUGCACCAAGAAAUGAAGGAAAAGAAACAAGCAGCAAGAAAGCGAGAAUCAAAGAAACUGUCCCCUGUGUCGAGAAACAAGAUGGAAAGAAAGACAAGGAGGUGAAAAACGCAGAGAAAGUUGCUAAAUCUUCAGACAGAGUCACUAAAAGUCGAGCUAAAAAAGAAGAAAAGGCUGCAAAGGAAACGAAAGAGACACUCACCAAAAAUCAUGAUGGUUCUGAAGAGGAAAACAGAACAGAUCUUGAGAAGAGGCAGCAGACUCAAAGGAUGGAGAAAGAAAUGAGGGCAAAGGAGCAGAAGCAGAGAGAGGAGGAGGAAAGGAGAGAAAGAAAGAGGCAGGAAGAUGAAAGUCUGGAGAGAAUGAAGAAAGAGAAAGAACAUAAGCAGAGGGAGGAGGAGGAAAAGAGAACGGCAAGAGAGCGACAGGAGAAAGAAAGAGUUGAGCUAGAAAUGAGAGAGAAGAAACUGAAGCAGAAGGAGCAGGAAAAAAGGAGAGAAAGAGAGAAGGUUGAGAAAGAAAUGAGGGAGAAAGAGAAAAAGGAGGAGGAACAGAGGGAAAGGGAAAGGCUGGAGAGAGAAAUGAGAGCGAAAGAGGAGGAGGAAAGAAGAGAAAGUGAGAGAGUAGAGAGAGAAAUGAGUGAGAAGGAGCUGAAGCAGAAGGAGGAGGAGGAACGGAGAGAAAGAGAGAGGCUGGAGAAGGAAAGCAAACUUCAGAAAUAUGAUGUACAGAAAAGAGAGGUGGAAAAUGUUAAAGGUUCCAAAAUGGCCAGGAAAGCAACCAAGAAACAUACAGGAACAGUGAAUUGUGAUAUGGAGAAGUCUCAGAAUUGCGAGAAAGCCGAGACGAAAACGGUGAAACGCAAAAAAGCAGAGUGUGCACCUUCUCCUCAGGCAGAGAAAGCCAAACGCAGGAAGGCGAAGGUUACAAACAGCCCAUGCACAAGCAUGAGCACACCUGGAGAAGUGAAGAGGUCAAAGGGCAGUGGCAGGCAAAACAGAAAGACAAACAAGCUGGAGGUUAGUGUUAAGGUUCCGAGCACAUGUAUGGAGACUGAUGAGGCAGCAAAAGCUCUGGAAUGUUCCUCCAAGCCUGAAAAAGUGCAAUCUGGCCCAAUAAAAGAUCAAAUUUCAACAGAGAAAGUGUCUCACACUUCUGAGGAGCUGAGCAUAACAAAAAAUCUAUCGGAGAAGCCGUCUUCAGAAGACAAAGUCACAAGAGUGAAGGCCACCACUGAAGGAAAGGGCACCGCGGAAGCACAGACAUCUUCAGAUAUUGAUAGUGGGACGGAUAGUCCAACACUGGACUUGUCCAAACCUCCGUGUAGCAAAUCUCAGGACGGUGAAGACGACGAGGGCAUCCACAGCCACGACGGAGGAAGUGACAUCAGCGACUGUGCCUCGGAGGUAAGUUACGACUCCGGGCUCAACGGGAAGCUUCCGGAAACACCGACUGAAGAACUUCCGUCACCCACGCAACUGCUCAGCCACACAUGCGUGUUCUGUGACCGCACGUUCCCUCUGGAGAUGGACUACAGGCGGCAUCUCAAUCGCCAUCUGGUUAAUGUCUAUUACCUGGACACUGCGACACAGGGGAACAAGUAGACUUCAUUUCUACUUAAGGUUUUCAGUCAUCUGGGUCAUUUAAAAGUGUCCAGCAGUAACCAUAAUUCAAGGCAGCUGGACUUGGACUAUCAUUUAAAAAAAGGCCGCCUUGACUCUAGUCACCUUGACGUAAGGUCUCAGCAUUCUUUUUGCAGAGACAACAGUUGGAAGAUUUAGCAUACACCGUGCUUAGGAGGCACUCUUCACCAUUUAAUCAUCAUUUUGUCAUUUACAGCUCUCUGUGAGCUUUUUGGGUGUGGCUAAAUGUCAAUCAGCUGUGCCAUAAAUGCGGUUGGUCAUUUCUGGAAGAUUGGCAUUUAUCAAAAUGUGCACCAGAAUAUGAAGAAAAUCAGCGUUAACUGAGCUUUUGUAAAUCUGCCCGGAAUUUUUUUUUGUUCAGUUUGGCCUAUGAAGAUAUUUGCACACAACGUUUUUUUUUUAAAGACGGAUAACUGAGGCCUGUUGUUAGCACUCCUGAAGAAAGCAGCCUAGUUGUCAGAAAUUCUGGGCAGCCUUUAUUUAAGGGUAACUGUCUUGUAUGGUUGCUUGUUUUGGACAAAUUUGAAGAAAAAAAUGCUGCGUGUAUCCCUCUCAGAAGGUAAUUGCAUAAUUCCAUUUAUCAGACAAAAGUUCUGUGAAAGUUCUCAGAACUGUUACACAAAAUCAUGAUAAUAUUGCAAACUGUGAUAUCAGCGCAUGUCUGAUAAUUAUCUUAUUAUGUAAUCCUAUGGGAAUUAAUCGUAAUAUGUAGAAACAAGCAAGUGUUACUUUGUACAUUGACUUUCAUCUUAAAAGUUAUCUUAGAGCACUCGAGUGGAGAUUCUGAAUAUUCUGUUCUUUUUCAGCUUCAUAAUUCGGUCCAAAGAUUGUUUAAGACUGUUUAUGACUGUCUCCCGCUCUUGUUUCCUUAAAAGAAAAGUUUGGCCAAAAAUGAAAUGCACACAUUGUUCCCCUUGGACUGUAUACCGUAAGCUUCUUUUAUUUGUUAGCAAUGUGAACUUCGUAGCUCAAGUGCAAAGCUAAACAAGCAAACUACAUAUGGGGUAGGGAGAAAAACGUUGAGCUUUACACUGUAUAUGUCACUCCAGUUGUUGUUUUUCCUUUUUUUUUUAAUGCUUCUGACAAUCGUUUUUUUUUUUCCCCUUUGGUAAUUUUGUACUUUUUGUUGUUAGUUUGACUUUCUCUUUCCUGCUUUCUCUGCUAAUUGUCAUCAAACUGAAUUAUGAUUCUAACCUUGUGCCACUGAUCUGAUGUGUGUGGAAUAGAACCAUGCUUGAUUUUCAUGGCCAUCUAAAUCAACAUGUCUGUCUUUAAAAAAAAAAAAAAAAAAACUAGAUUUUUUAUUAUUAUUAUUUUUAUUAAGUGCAAUAUUAUAUAUUGGGUAUACCAAAGUGGAAAAAUUCCCCUGCCCUGCAUCUAACUCUCUUUUGUAAAAAAUAAAACUUCGAUUAGAUGGAUAGAUUAGAAUUACUAUUACUAUAAAUGUUUCUUGGAGAUUUUACUUAAAUAUGGAUGUAAGAAAUAGCAUAUUUCUUUUACAGAUGUAAUCUAGAGUGCUUUAUAGUUCAUAGUAGGUACAAGUACUAACAUCGGAUUUGUUGAAAUGUUUUGUGGAGGAAAUCUGCGUUUUAGAAAAUGUACUAGUAUGUAAUGAACCAAUACAUCAAUAAAAUAUUGCACUCUUAAAUGUGAACGUCUCUUUAAAAAAAGGUACAAAUAAACAUUAAAGGAAAACAGUUGGCAUAAAAAAACAUUUUAACAUCUAGUCAUCUGUUAGUGAGCAUGCAAUAGAGCCAGAUGGUGUUAUAAAAGGCAAAAUGUACCUAAUGAUACUCAUGAUUUGCUGCUUAAAUACAUUAGGUAUCAGCUCUGUAUACUUUCACUGGCCACUUAAUAGGAACCCCUGUAGCCUUCUCAUUUUUGCAAUAAGGUUCAAGGUUCUUUGUCACAUACAUAUUACAUACAUGUAAUGUAGUGAAAUGUUUUUCCAUAGUUCCUCGUCCCACGGUGCAGCAACAAACAGAGCCAACAAUGAACUAAGUUAUACACACAUAAUAAAAUGGUGAUAAAGAGUGGUGCUAGUUGGUUAGCACAUUCUUUUAGCACAUGUCUGGAGAUGUACGGGCCACAUGCUUUUCUGGUGUUAACUUUGUAUAGCACCAUCCAAGAUGGUGCCACUAAGGAAGGCUGCCUACAUUAGUGCUGUCAACCCACUUUGCAAUUUUUGUGUAUUUUACCUUGUUUUUUUUUUCUUGUUUCCUGCAUUAUUCUUGAGUUAGCCCAUGGACAUAUAACAUACGACCGACAAACUUUAAUGGACAUGAAAUAGACUUUAUUCACCACUCUAAUUCCCAUUAUCUUCCUGACCCCAACUGGCCUCUAUAGAUCUGAGCCAAGCAACCAAUGGACUUACUCUCCUGAGGUGGUGACAAAGAAGAGGAAAAAGAGCUGGCAACCAGGUAUGAGCCAGGGCGUACUCCACAUCAAUGCCCAGCAUGUUUUUAGCAAAUUGACAACAGACUGAACGACCUUAGAGCUGGGAUACAGUUCCAGUGAGAAUUUAGAGACUGCAAUGCUCUUUGUCUCACCGAGACGUGGCUCAUGCCAACCAUUCUGGACCACGCUGUACAGCUGCCUGGGUUCUCCCAUCACGGCAAAGACAGGACAAAGAACCCGGGGAAAAUAUGGGGUGGUGGAGUGUGUGUUAUGAUCAACGACAAAUGGUGCAGCGCAGGGAGCACCCAUCAUCUUGUGGAAUUAUGCACAUCGGAUUUUUAUCAGCACAUAACGUGCAGUACACGGGGAGAAAGGACUGUUUCACACAACACAGGUACUGCAAUAAAAACACCGCCACUUUGUAAGUCAGACCACGCCGCCAAUUUACUACUCCCAAAAUGUAGACAAAGCUGCGGAGGGAAGAUCUGGUGACACGGGGAGGGGGGCGCUGGACUGACCAAUCCCAAGCCAUGCUACAAAAUGCGCUGGAGGAUGCAGACUGGGAGAAGUUCCGGUGCAGGUCUAACGACAUCAGUGAGUUUACAGCAGCGAUGCUUGGUUCUACAGGAUUUCUGAUACGAGAGGCUAUUCCACACAAAGGUUUUUCCCAAUCAGAAGAUAUAGAUUGAGAGAUUGGUUAGAUUGAGCCGUUCUAUUCACGGUUUGAGGUUACCAGCACCAGCACAGACCAGAAAAACCGUGAGUAUGAAUCAUCAGGUCUAGCUGAGGAAGAGGAAGGACUGGUCAUUUCAGAACUGGAUGUGAGGAAGGUGCUAUGCAAAGUUAAGUUAACAAUAAUCUAUUUAGCCAAUCAUGUGUUAGCAUUGCAGUGCAUAAAAUCAUGCAGAUGCAGGUCAAGAGCUCUAGUUAAUGCUCACAUCAAACAGAGUGUGGAAAAUGUGAUCUCCGUGGCUGACCGUCGCAUGGUUGUUGGUCCCAGAUGGGCUGGUUUGAGUAUUUUGAAAGAGCUCCUUGGAUUUUCACACACAACAAUCCCUAGAGUUUGCACAGAAUGGUGAGAAAAACAACAACAACGACAAAACCUUCAGUGAGCGUCAGUUCUGCAUUUGGAAAUCCCUUGUUAAUGAGAGAGGUCAGAGGAGAAUGGCCAGACUGGCCGUUCAAAUAAAAUCAAAUAACCACUCUUUACAGCCCUGCUGAGAAGAAACUCAUCUCAGAACACACAAUAUGUCGGGCCUUGAGGUGGAGCUACAACAGCAGAAGACCACAAAAAGUUCCACUCCUGCCAGCCAAGAACAGGUAUCUGAGGCUACGGUGGGCACAGGUACAGCUUAUUGGUAACAAGCUGCAUCUUUUGUCUUAAGUUGGGGGCACAACUGUUCAGAGGUGCUGUAACUAUAAACAGAUAGUAAAAAGCAUAUGAUAAAUGAUUAGUGGUGACAGUAUUAAUUUAAUAUAAAUUAUUAUUGACUGACAAUUUUUUAGACUGUGUUUCUGUAAACAUCCACUAGGGGGCAUCUCUCUUAGAAAUUUGCCCCACACAUUACACCACCAUUGUACCUUGAAUAUUUACCUUAUAUGAUAACUGACUGUAUAGAAUUGUAGUUUUGGAUUGACUGCUUAGAAUUUGUGCACUACGGUAUAUAAUUUAAACCUUGUAAUCUGCAGGUAUAGACAAUGAACACACGAGAUAUGGAUUGUUAAUGCCAAAAUGUGCAAAGGACCAAAUGUUCUCAAUUCUUAGGAAAAUGUAUGCCAGAUACCAAGUUAGAGCCUGACAAUGUAUUCACACAUACAUUUGUAUCAAAUAGCACAUAAUUUUAAGUGUUUUGAGCAUUUAGGAACUGAUGAUAUACAGGUACAUACAGGCCAUGUAAAUUUUGAUAUUUGGAGCAGAUAUUAUUUGGAUACACUAUCUAAGUUGUCAUUAGAAAGCUUAAAGUCUCAAUUCUUUGCAAUGGCAAUGAAAACAAAAUGAAAUCUGGAUCUCUGUAUCUGAUUUCUGAGACCAGUUUCAGUCUGUAAUAAUCAAGAGUAUUUAUAGACUUGUAAUUGAAUACUAAUUGUAAUUAACCAUGUAGUUAGCAGAGGACGCUGACAGUUGCUCUGUCAUAAGAGGUCAUGAGAAGCUGCAGUCUUAUUAACUUCAAGAGAAAGAAAAAGGUGGUAAGAGAACUGUUUAUACCUGCUAUAAUGUGUCUAAUAAGAUACAGUUGUUUUGUAUACAUUCCAAAACAUUAAAUGUAACUAUAAAUGGACAAAAACUCUGAUGUGACAUUCUUUAAUCAGUAAAACCUGUCACUGGCAAAUUUUCAUUGUAAGAGCAACGUGUUAUAGGAAAAUAAUCAACUUCGGGGUGAUUAACAGUAACUCCUGUUUGCAUAAUUAUGGAUUUUGGACUGAUAAACAAACUCAUAACCAGGUUUGUGACAGAAUUGCAUUCCAUUGCAAUUUCAUUUCAAAUUAACAUCAUUAGCUUAAACUGUGUAAAGAUUUUGCAGAAAGACAGCUUAAUAGGAUAGUGGGGGGGG